AUGCCGCGGGUGACGUGCGCCCCUCCCUCACUAUGCCUUAGCCUCCUCCGUCCGUUGAAGCACCUCCUUCCCUCACUCCCCCCGACGGUCCGGGAUGUGGACGUCCCCCCUCUCUACCGGAAGCGGUUCGUCCUGUCCGGGUAUCGGCCUGUUGGCCUCUCGAGGCGCUGUUACAUCCUCAGUCUCUUCCAGAUCCACAACGAGACACUGAAUGUGUGGAGCCACCUGCUGGCCGCUGUCUGCAUGUCCAUGAGGUUCCUGGUGUUCGCCGUUCUACAGGGAGGGGGGAUCCUGGGUUUUCGCCUGCAGGGUCCUGAAGGUCAGGGCUUCUCUGUGGACGCAUCCUCGCUGCCUCUGGUCCUCUACGUACUCUCUGCCAUCACAUACCUGAGCUGCAGCGCUGCAGCUCACCUCCUGCAGGCCCAUUCAGAGAUGGAACAUCACUCACUCUGCUUCCUGGACUAUGCGUGCAUGGCUGUCUACCAGUACAGCUGUGCCAUGGCUCUGUAUCUGUACACCUCAGACGAUGCUUGGAAGCAAAGCAUGCUAGCACAGAUCUUCCUCCCAGCCUCUGCCGUCCUCUCCUGGCUCUCCUGCGCCACCUGCUGCUACGCAACGCUUCAUUUCUGCCGUCCACUGCACAGGAAGCUCUGCCAGGUGGUCCCAAUGGGUGUGGCCUUCAUGGUGGUCUUCAACCCUGUUGCCCACCGCCUCAUCUCCUACAGCUGGAAGAGCAACUCUGCACUGCCUCUGCACUUCCUGCAGAUGGUGUUGUUUCUUCCGUCAGCCUUCUUCUUCUCCUUCCCCGUACCUGAGCUCUUUUACCCCGGCCACUGCGACAUUGUCGCUCACAGCCACCAGAUCGUCCACGUCAUGUUGUCUUUCAGCAUGUUCAUCCAACAGGAGGCGCUGUUCAAGGACUUCCUGUGGCGGCGGCCGGCGCUGAUCAGGGAGUUUGGAGAGGAGCACCUCCUGGUGGUCUGUGCCUCCUUCCUCUGCCUAAUGCUUUGCUGUGUGAUGAUGGCAAUCGCCAUGAGGUGGCGAGCUAAGGCGCAGCUGCAGAAAGAGCAAAGAUGGAAGUAGAGGAACAUGAGACUCUAUGAACACAAACAUAAUAUAGUUACAAAAAGACACUUGUGAAUGUCUCAUCCGAUCCAAAGGUCGUCAUAAUGUCCUUAAACUUUUUUCCAAUGUAUGUAAAAAGUGAUGGUUUUUACCCACAAGCCAUUUCUACACACACACUGACAC